GUUUUAAAUUGACCAGAAAACUCUGGUCUUGACAGGCGAUGAUCAAAAUAUUUGGAAUACCGUAUGUUUCAAAUUGAAACCAGGCAUUGUUGUUUUAGCCACAGAGGCGGAUACCAACAAUUGUGCACAGAUGAGAGACUCAGAGGACAAACAGAAGAUAACUUCAGUCCUUGAUGAUCUUACUAAAUUUUUCUUAGCCUUAGAUCUCGUUGAUUUAUGACAAUGGGACGUAACCGUGCCGAUAUCCGUAAGAGGACUUCUAAACAUUCCGAUAAUAACCUGAAGGCUAGCUUUCCCGUACACCGAGGCCAUGGGGGUCAUGCUAAUGUAGGCAGUGGGUUAUUAACCAAGCUAACAGUGGCAAUUCUCUUCAUCGCUGCUCUGGCUGUACCAGGGAUUUACCUGUACCAACGCUACCUGGAAGACCGCGUGAAAACACCUCUUGACAGCCCCAAAAUGCUGGCUCCAAACAGUAGUUCGGCAGUAAUGUGUCCAGACAGGUACUGGGGUAGCUAUAGACCACACAUGUACUUUGGGAUGAAGACCCGCACAUCUCACUCUCCCGUUGUGGGUCUCAUGUGGUUGACUCAGUUCACACGGGAAAUGCCCGCCCCUGUGAGACACUGGUGUGAUGAGGGAGACCAUCUCACUAAGUAUGGCUGGCUUAAACAUGACGGUGCCAACUUUGGUGUUCAGAAAAUAGAGGACCAGUACUUCACCAUGAUGACCGAGUUUGUGAAGAAACCAGGAGGGACGCAUGGUGGAGACUGGUCAGCCAGAAUCAGUGUCCAGUCCAAGCAGGACAGGCCUGUCGUCAUGUCAUUGAUGUUUUACAUUGCUCUGGAUGGGCCCGGUGAACUGGAGCCAACCAUUAAAAAGGGACGAUUAGAUCAUAUCCGUGGAGAAACCGAUGAGCUGGGUCAGUUCAUGUUACAGUUCUCAAGAUCGGAUGCAGCCACGGUAAAGUAUGACUAUCUGGUUACCUAUGCAAAACAACUGGACAAACUCAAGGACUAUGUGCUGAACGGUUUUAAAAUUGAAGCCUGGGACAAAGCCAGGACAAUGCCUUAUUUCUCUCUGGAUGGAAGAAAGAUGCCCAAAGAUGCCCCUGGUGGUGCCAACUUCAUGGUACAUCAGGUAACAGGCACUGUUCCGUUCAGCCUGGAGGUGGUGUUUGAAUCUGGGAGUGUUCCUCACAGAAUCCAGUCCCUGGCAGGGCCAGUGUUCAUUGAAGAACUGUCCAAACAAGUGACUGCUUUCAACCAUAGGUUUGAGGAAACAUUCAAGCUGCGUGAAAAAGGUUUCCACGAGAAUGAAAUACAAUUUGCUCAAGCUGCACUCAGCAAUAUGCUGGGCUCAGUUGGUUAUUUUUAUGGUUCUUCGUUGGUUCAGUCAAAAUAUAACAAGGAGCCAGUAGCUUACUGGGAAGCUCCCCUUUACUCUGGGGUUCCAUCCAGGCCGUUCUUCCCACGGGGUUUUCUCUGGGAUGAGGGAUUCCACAAUCUGCUGAUUAGCCAAUGGGAUUUGGAUAUCAGUAAGGACAUCAUUUCUCAUUGGCUGGAUUUACUGAAUGUGGAAGGUUGGAUUCCGAGAGAGCAGAUCCUUGGUGAUGAGGCCAGGGCGAAGGUGCCAGCUGAGUUUGUUGUCCAGCGUAACGAAAAUGCAAACCCGCCCACACUUUUCCUGCCUCUGCAGAAGAUUGUUAACAUGCUCAUUAGGAGCAAUCAGCUUGGCCGUUACAAUUCCUUCCUGGAGCCUCUGUUCCCACGCCUGAAGGCUUGGUACAACUGGUACAACACAACGCAGCUUGGAGAGAAGGCAGGAACGUAUCGCUGGAGAGGUCGAGACAGAACAGUCCUCACCCAACUCAACCCAAUGACCUUGACCUCUGGCCUCGAUGAUUACCCACGAGCCUCUCACCCCACAGAUCAGGAGUUUCACGUGGACCUGCGCUCCUGGAUGACGUUGGCAUCUGAAGUAAUGGCCGACCUGGCAAAAGCUCUCAACCAAAAUAGUGGGGAUUACCAGACCACAUACGACUACCUGCGUGAUAACCAGCGGCUGGACACGCUUCAUUGGUCUGAGACUCAGGGAAUGUAUGCAGAUUUUGGCCUGCACACUGACGGGGUGAAAUUCCACAAACCCAAACCUGGAGAAAGACCAGCACCUCAGGGCUUCACCAAGAUCAGAGUAGAGACGAAGAAACCUACAUACCAGUUUGUCAAUUCCUUUGGUUAUGUUAGUUUGUUCCCAUUCUUGUUGAAAAUAAUUGACCCUUCAUCUCCCAAAUUGUUUAAAAUAUUAACAGACUUGAAGAACCCUGGUCUACUAUGGACAGAUUAUGGACUGCGAUCUUUAGCUAAAAAUGCCCAUUUGUACAAUCGGCGUAACACGGAGCACGACCCACCAUAUUGGCGUGGUGCCAUCUGGAUCAAUAUGAACUAUCUCAGUCUGGCAGCUCUGCAUCAUUACUCCAGUACUGAAGGGCCAUAUCAACGGACAGCCAAAGACGUAUACACAGAUUUGAGGACCAAUUUAAUAAGUAAUGUGAUAAGGCAGUAUGAGAAGACGGGGUAUAUAUGGGAGCAGUACAAUGACAAAACUGGGGAGGGCAUGAGGAGCCAUCCAUUCACCGGCUGGUCAGCUCUAAUGGUUUUAAUCAUGUCAGAAAAAUAUUGAUUCAUUUAAUAGGAGUUUUGAGAUAGUACACUUUUGUCACUAAAGAUAAAAAAAAGUCCUACGUGUAUCAUGACUCUACAAGAAUGUUAGAGAAGUUCUGUUAAAUUUCGUGUCUCUCUAUGUUCAGGAUGUACAACAGGCACCCGUCCCUUCAGGAAUGUCUUACAUUUGGCAGCUGCUCAUGUUUUUCACUAGUCUACCUUUAGACAAUUACCUGUACUUGUGAACCUUUUAUUCAGGUGCUUACGUUAUUGUAAAUGUAAUCAAAAAUAGUUGCCUAACAUUCCUGACAGGUCACAUGGUACAGUAAUACUUCUUUCACCUUUAGCAAUAAAAGAGUUCGAACUCAAAACUCCUCUAUUGGUUUAGAGGAAUAAAAGUACUAGAGAAUAAAUUUUACGUUUUAUAAAA